CGUCAAAUCAUAAUGAGUGUGGCAACGCCAAACGGGUAGCCAUCUUUCUUUCUUUCCCCAACUUCACGACCGCGUGGACGUCGAUACGUAAAAGGGAACCACAGCCAACAAAAUGACCAACUCAAAGGGUUAUCGUCGCGGCACCAGAGACAUGUUCUCUCGCCCAUUCCGCAAGCAUGGUGUCAUUCCUCUGUCCACAUACAUGCGCGUCUUCAAGAACGGUGACAUCGUUGACAUUAAGGGACAUGGUGCCGUUCAGAAGGGUAUGCCCUACAAGGCCUACCAUGGCAAGACUGGCCGCAUCUUCAACGUCACACAACACGCUGUUGGUGUCAUUGUAAACAAACGUGUGCGCGGCAAGGUUCUAGCCAAGCGCAUUAAUGUUCGCAUUGAGCAUGUGCAUCACUCCAAGUGCCGUGAGGAUUUCCUGCGUCGCGUCAAGGAGAAUGAGCGUCUGCUCAAGGCUGCCAAGAAGGACGGCAAAUGGGUGAACCUCAAGCGUCAGCCCGAGCAGCCAAAGAAGGCGCAUUUCGUCAAGAAAUUGGAAGAACCCAUCGCCCUGGCGCCAAUUCCAUAUGAAUUCGUUGCCUAAGCUGAACCCAAGGAGA